ACGAUUCAGAAGUAUACUCUCGGUUCUCUUUCUUUACGAUUAUUCCAAAAAAUUCCUAGAUAUCAUUUCUCAUAUGUAUUCUUGAAAGAUAUAUCAAUUUUUGUUUGGAGGAUUCCGCAGUGCGCGAGAAAAUGGGCGAUCGACGAGAAGGUUCCCUCCCUUCGCCGGAAUCUCACUUGAAACCAGAAGGUCUAGGACAUUUUGACAAGAACUUAGAUGCCCGGAAGCCGCUACUCGUCCAACCUUUUACCUACGGUUUUCCAGAAUAGAUCGAGUUUUGCUGGGCCUCGGCUAUUCAAUGUGCCACUCUCGUCGACUCCUCAACUUGAAUUUUGGAGAGCCCCCUCUUCAAAAUCUUCCCCAGAGCCUUCGCUGCUUGAAUCGGACAAGUCUUGUGUAACCACGUCUCAGCUCUCGCAGCCCUAUAUCUAUGAAACAGAAGCACCCAGAAGACCCUCAAGAGGAAAGCUGAACAAUCUCUAAGGUAUGGCUUUAAGACCAGAUCUAAAUCAAACAUUUUGGAGGACGGUUACAAGUGGCGAAAGUAUGGAAAGAAAUUCAGAAAGGACAACUCCAAUCCCAGCAAUUAUUACAUAUGCUCUCAUAGCAAUUGUAAUGUUAGAAAAAGCAUAGAACGGGACGCACAAGAUAAAGAAAUAAUAAUCACUACAUACGAAGGAAAGCACAAUCAUGAGAGCUCAGUCGAUUCUUACAUUGGAAAUCAUCCAAUGUUUAAAGCACAGCAGGCUGCUUUGGAGGACAAGGUCCUCAACUGCACCGAUCAUCACCUCGAAGCAGUUGUCCAUGGCUCGAGGAGCGAGCGACUCGGUCUCGGAGGUCGAACAGGUCGGGAAAGGGGUAGGACCCUUCUUCAACGACAUUUUACAGAGAUCGGUAUGUCAUCUGAUGAGCUGCCCUCUCUUCGAUGAUACCAUCUUCGAUCCCUUUCCCUCCGCCUCUGCUAUUACUCGAGGUGAGGAUAUGGUUGGUGAUUUGAACAUCGUUAGCUCCGCUGCAUCUCAACUCGAUGAUCUAAGUUUUACCACAUUGGUUGGUGAGGAUAUGGUUGGCAAUAUGCCUUCCCAACUCAUUGAUCAAAUUUUAAACACAAAAGCAGACAAGCCAGACUUCGAUCUUGGCCAAUUAGUUGCCCAAAUUGACGCUCUUCUUGCUAAUUACGACACUCAGCUGAAGUUGCCUGACCUCCCCACUGCAUCAGAGGCUUCCAAUUUCGUAGAUCCGGUGUCAAAACAUGUGAAACUAAUUGCCAACCAGAUAAGAUUAUAUUCUGGAGACAAGUAUUGCACAAGCAUAGGAGUGUUGAAUGUUAUAAUUGCAAUUGAAAACAUUCAUUGGACUGCGGUGGGAUUUCUAGUGUUAGGUGCAGCUUUAGAAGAUGUUCACGCCAUCAACAAGAACAGAGAGGAAUGUUUAAGACUUCUUAUGUCUAUGACUGAUUUGUCCAAAGCAAUCCUUCAACUUCAGAACCCUCCUGAUCUAAAGAUGGAAUUGCAUACUAAAUUGAACAAGUCUAUACAUUUAAUAGUGAUUGGAGCCAUCUUAUCUGGUUUGCAAAAACAAAAUAAAGAUUUUGGAAGGGUGUUCAAAACUUCAAUGGACGGACACGAGCUUCAACAAGUUAGAAAGCAUAUAGAUGACAUUUGCAGGUUGCUUAUUUCACAUAUAAGUGCCCCUAUUUCGGAAGGCUUGCCAAGCAAAGCAUAUCAGAAUAAUAAGCAGAUCACUGUUCAUCCAGCCAUGGAUGCUCUGGAAGAACUGCCCAAAAUAUCUGCCCUGCACAAACAUUCCCUGUCUUUUCUCGAGACAAAUUUCCCCAGGAAACUUCUGAAAUGUUCACCAUGCAAUGUGGAGAUACAUCCCCUUUUGUCACAUCAUAGAAUGACUGAGAUUCAAAGAAUGUAUGAUGUUCAGAGAGAUUUUCAGUGGCGACUUGAACUGUUUCGUUUUUCAUCUUUUUGGUUUGCAAAUUUCAAUUUGAACCGUGAACAGUUGGAACUUAGCAGACUUCAGUGGCUGGCGCAACUGGAUAUUACUGGCUCAAACCUACUAGAUAAUCAUCUUUCUGAAUCUGAGCUGCGCUUUGAAGCCAGUAAUUCGUCUCAUCAUCCACUAAAUGCCCUCCCUCAACACAUAAAAAAUUUGGUGUCUCUGCAGUACUUUGGUCUGGAAAGUACUUUCAGGCUCAGUAGCUCAGUGAUAAAUCAGAUCUCAAAUGCAAACGGGGCUGAUAGCUCAGUGGUCAAUCAGAGGGCCAGUGCUUCAGUGAUCGAUCGGAUCCCAAACACAAAGAGCACCAAUAACUCUCUGAGAGAUCAGAUCAUAGAUCUAUUUGGGAUCACUAUUUUAGAUCUAGAGCAGAAUUUAAAUGAGAGAAGGUACAGCAGCCCAGUGGUAGAGCAGAUUUCAAAUGAGAAAAAUGCUAGUAGUUCAGUGAUAGAUGAGAUUUCAAACAAAAACAAGACCAGUAGCUCGGAGGUUAAUUCAAUAACAAACAUAGUGAGGGCUGGUAACUCAGUGAUAGAAUUGCUAGAGAUGAUAGGUUCUAACUUUAGCUGGUCCACGGAUUCUUCACAAGAGGUUCUUAACCUUAAAAACAUUUUGUUUCUUCCACAACAUAUUGGAGAUUUGUUUAAGGCGUCAGAUCAAAACCUGCAAAGUACUUUCCACCUUCCUCCGAUCAGAGAUUUGUCCAAGUUGAAGGUUAUCAAUCUGCAAAAUUUUAUCUGUAUUCGUCAACAGGUCAAGAUUUAUCGACUUUAA